AUGGACUCACUCUGCCUCGUUCGGCCUCUAGCCAGCGCUAUCUAUGGCCGCGUGCUGCUUGUUCGCCAUCGUAGCUCCGGUCGGUAUUACGCGCUCAAGGUUAUGAGUCUGCCGCACAUGCGAGCGCGUCGUGCUGUGACCGGCCCCUACGUCCAAGAAGACGGACAAACGGAGCUGCAGAUCUUACGCACGCUCGGAUGCAACUUGGUGUACUCGAAAGAUGAGAAUACUAAAGAGGAACACCACGAGUGCGACGUGUCCAGCUGGAGUGUGAGUCCUGUUUGGAACAACGGCGUGGAGGACGACAGCCGCACGAUGGCAGGGACGCAGCUAGGCAUCGACCACUUGCUGACACUACACCAGGACUUUGUGGACUGGACGACGAACACGAGGUGCCUGCUGUUUGACUACUGUCCGUACGGGGACUUAUUCUCUCACGUUGGCAAUCCCAACGGCGUGACGCUGGAGAUGGCGCGGUCUUGGUUCGGUCAGAUUGCCAGUGCCGUUCGAUUCCUGCACGCACGGAACGUGGCGCAUCGAGAUUUGUCCUUGGAGAACGUGCUGCUGGACAGCUUCCGACGCUGUCGACUGGCAGAUUUUGGGCUGGCAAGUGCCGCUGGCUCGUGCUGCUUCGGUACCCGCGUGGGCAAAAUUUUGUAUAUGGCUCCCGAAGUUUUCUCUCGCUCGCCUUGUCGACCCGAUACACCAGCAAACAAUGCGAUUUUCAAGCCCGAAGACUGCUACAAUGGACUGCAGGCAGAUAUCUGGUCUCUUGGAGUGAUACUAUUUAUUCUGGUGACCGGGAUACCCCCGUUCGAGAAGGCCGGCGACGUUGACGCACGCUUUCGCCUUUUAUCGAAGCCUGGUGGAUCCGUUCGUGACCUGUUCCGGGCAUGGGGACAGGAGAAUCGACUGCCACUCGAGCUCCGAGCGCUGCUAGACCGGAUGCUUCGUGUUGAUCCUCUACAGCGACCCACAGCCGAUCAAGUCUGUGACCACGAAUGGCUCGUAGAGAAGAAUUACAGUCAGAAACCGACAAUAGCAACCGAAGACGUUCCUAAACAAGGCGAGAAGCGACCCGUUACUGAGCCGGAAGAAGAAGAGGACGGAGAGAACCUAGAGCCGCAGAAGAUGUUGAGUCAAAGAGACAAGUCGUGGUCCUGCAGCAGCCCCCGCAGCAACAAGAGGGUGAAACGGAUGGAGUAG